AUGUUGAGCGAGGAUAAAACAGAAAAAGAGGCAUAUUGUUUUCUCGUUCGCCACUAUAUAAGUAAAUUUUGUAAGUUGAAGGACGACUCAGCAACUUUUUCUUGCCAACUUUCAAAGGGACAUGCAGCAGCGGAGAACGUUAAACUGGACAUAAAGGUUAUCAAUGAAUCGCUGAAGGCUAGGAACAUCCCCCUAGAGAUAGGUGAUGGACUUUUUAAGAAAAUUGAUGUAUUAAUGCCGUUUAAUGAGGCCUCUAAAGACUCUUUCGAGAUUAAAGUCAGUGGUCUUGAAUUGAAAUUACACCCAAAAAGAACACCGAAAGAGAGCAGUAUAAAAGAUUUAGUUACAUCUGCUCUCGAUAUUGUGAUUAAUUCUAUGUCAACUUUCACAGAAGUUGCUGAAUGUUUAGCAAAAAAUGCGAAAACGAGUGGUAAAUAUGGUAUAUCUGACCUUGUCAAAAUUAUUGACCGUUUGGCUUCACAGCUGCGUGUAAGAUUUCUCGAAAGCAUUAUUCUUGUAGAAGGUUGCCCUGAACCUGCAACAGGCCUUCGUAGAUGUGUUGAACUUGAAAUUGAAUGGUUAGAACUUAUUGAUCAACAAGUGGACCAGGAAUCAGGACCUAGCGAAAAUUCUCUUUUAAAGAAUCAGUCUGAUUUGCUCUUAAAAAACAAAGAUUCUGCCGCAAACAGUUCUUCUGAAACUACCUCAACAGUGGAGAAGGUAGUUUCGAAAAAUAAGGUUGUUCGUACAAGAGGGAUUCGAUUAUUCACUCAUUUUUCACGAAUCAAGAUGAACCGCAUUCAGUUUGCAGAAGUUUUAGGUAAAGAGCAAUAUAUUUACAUUUGUACUGAAAGGGGCAAUGAGAAAAACAAACCUUUUGAUCAGGCUUUGUUUACUCGGCUUGCUAAUCUUGUUGAUCACCCCACUUCAAAAAAACAAAGUGUUACAGAUGGUAAUACUCCCUUGGAAUUGUCUCCUGUCAUUGCUACUGAUCCCGUAUCGUUCACAGUUAAGAAUUUGGUAACUGAGAUGAACGCGAUUCCUGAUUCAAUCGAAUCUUAUGAAAAAAAAGUGGAAACGUUCUUUGAUGAAGCGAAAUCUUUCGAACUAAACGCCCAUGGUACUUUACGGGAUUAUAGGGAAACUUUUGAUCGCUUUUUUUCUGAAGAUCAGCUGAGUUUUUGUGGUAUUAGUGUAAUAUUUGAAUAUACAUUGACGAGGCUCGUGGACAACUUAAUAAUGGAAUUACAGUUCGGUGUCAGAGAAUUUGGGUUAGGCGAAAUUUUGAGACCGUCAUCGAUUAAAGAAACCUCUACAGAGAAGCUUUCUUAUAAUGAAUUACUCUGUUUUCCUAAAAGUAAAGAAAAUAAGACCGACGAUGUUGAUUCUAUGGAUAUCAAAUUUACACUCAGGAAUUCGAAAAAAGAAGAGGUAGGGCGAAUAAUUUUAUUUGCGAUUUAUUAG